ACUAAUCAGGCAUAGAUAAAACUAUUGAUUUUAAGCCCAGCAAAUGUUUAUUAUAUUUGUAAUUGCUUAAAAUAAAUUAGUUGUCGAAGAAAGCUAGAAAAUUGACAAUGGUGUGAAUAAAACCAAGUCGAACAUAAGAAAUUUAGAAUAUUAUUGAAGUGCUGAUAUAACAUUAAAGUCAAAUCCCGCCUUGAAUAUCGCAAUCAGUAAGCUUUUGCAUUAGUAUGAAGCGUCAGAACGUUCGCACCCUAUCGUUGGUCGUCUGUACAUUCACUUAUUUGCUCAUUGGUGCGGCAGUCUUCGACUCCCUCGAGUCGCGGACCGAGGCGAAGCGUUGGGAAUUCUUGCAAGCGGUGAAGAACAAUUUUGUUAAAAAGUACAAUGUCACCGCCGAAGACUACCGCAUGAUGGAAAUAGUGAUUAUCGAGAACAAACCACACAAAGCGGGGCCGCAGUGGAAGUUUGCUGGAGCAUUUUAUUUUGCCACUGUGGUUCUGGCUAUGAUCGGCUAUGGUCAUUCAACACCAGUAACGAUUGGCGGCAAAGCCUUUUGUAUGGCAUACGCAAUGGUGGGUAUUCCACUGGGCCUGGUCAUGUUCCAGUCGAUCGGUGAACGUCUGAAUAAAUUCGCGUCAGUAAUAAUACGUCGCGCGAAACGUUAUAUGCAUUGCAGCCAAACCGAGGCAACAGAAAUGAAUCUUAUGUUGGCAACGGGCAUGCUAUCAUCCAUCAUUAUAACCACUGGCGCAGCAGUCUUUUCACGCUACGAGGGCUGGAGUUAUUUCGACAGUUUCUAUUACUGCUUUGUGACGCUCACAACCAUCGGCUUCGGUGACUAUGUGGCGUUGCAAAACGAUCAGGCGCUGAUCAAUAAACCCGGCUAUGUGGCGCUCAGUUUGGUGUUUAUACUAUUUGGGCUGGCGGUAGUUGCCGCCAGUAUCAAUCUGCUAGUACUGCGCUUCAUGACAAUGCAAGCCGAAGACGCCAAGCGUAACGAACAGGAUGCUCAACAAGCCGCAGCCGCAGCUGCUGCGCUCUCCAAUCAACAACUCGCGUAUGAUGUCGAGUCUAGUAAUUUCAAUAUGCACGGCAAAUUGUUGGCUAACUCAAAUUAUACGACAGAGUACGACGAAACCGUAUCAAUCUGUUCAUGCACAUGCCUCGGCGGAACAAGGUGCCUCAAUCAUGAGACGUUCGCCGAUCCUGAUUUUCGGCCAACUGAUAUCAUUGAGAGUACUUUGAGUCUGAAGCGUGCGUCGGUUUGAUAUAUGUGUACUCCCAUGGUGUUGGAAAAGAAGUGUUGCUGUGAUUGCCUGAAAACAUUGUAAAGCACAAUUUACCCGGACAAGUAAGGUGUUCGUACGCGCAUACAUACAAACAUAGUGGCGUACGUACAUAUUCAUGGAUAAGUGCAUUCCUUGUACUUCCAUAUUUAUGCAGGUACAUACUUAGUUUCAUACGAGAUGUCCACGCUUUGUAGAACUUACCUUAUUGAAUUGUAUACAUAUUUAUGGAUGUGUAUACGAACAUGUGCCCAUAAAAAAAGAUUAAUUUAAACCUCCAAAUUCCGAAAUGAUGGCAAGAGGAACUUCUAAUCUAAACCUCGCGUGUAUAAUGAUGAGACAGAUUCCGAGAUUGGCUAUCAAUCUCGAUCAAUGUAUAAGGUGUAAAAUCAAAUAUGUAUGAGUCAUUCAUGCAAGCUCAUCCCAUUUUAAAUAAAAUACUACUCCAUGCGUAUGUACAUAAACACCUAUAGUCGCUUACCAAAAUAGUUUCACAAAAUAAUUUAAAUACUUGAAGAAUUAGAGGAAUAGAUUGUAGGAGUUGAAGCUACUUUAAAUAAAAUAAGUCAAAAGAAAAGAGUUCAUACAAACGCUCAAGGUUUUAUGCAUUUACUGAAAUACAGUAAACUCAUA